AUGGGGUUCGUCUUCUCGAAACACAUGAGAGACAGCCUGACAGCUCAGCAGGAUUUUAUGCUCAUGAAUUCACGCCUCCAGCUGGAAAGGCAACUACCGAUGCAGAACGAGAUGAGAGAGAGACAAACAGCUAUGCAGAUUGCUUGGGCACAGGAAGUUCUCCAAUAUUUUGGGACAUUUUUUGGACUUGCUGCUGUGGGCUUAACAGCUGCAUGUUUUCAUUCCAACCUUACCCAGAGUGUUCUGCACCCUACAGCUUUUCCCUGCAAUGCUGUUAAGACUGCAUGUUUUGGUAACUGCCUUAGAAAAUCUCUGAACAGGGAAGCAGAAAAUGUACUGGACACACAGGGAGUUUUGCUACAGUUGCCGAAAGGACCGUUUGCUUAUGAAGACCUGGAGAAAAUCAGAAGAUCUCAGAGAAAGUUCUUCAGAGAAAAAUAG